AUGCUACGAAUCUAUCUAUCUAUCUAUCUAUCUAUCUAUCCCAAUCUGUUUCUUUCUUUCUUUCUUUCUUUCUUUCUUUCUUUCUAUCUAUCUAUCUAUCUAUCUUUCUGUCUUUCUUUCUUUCUUUCUUUCUUUUCUUUCUUUCUUUUUUUCUUUCUAUCUUUCCCAAUCUGUUUCUUUCUUUCUUUCUUUCUUCUUUCUUUCCCAAUCUGUUUCUAUCUAUCUAUCUAUCUAUCUAUCUAUCUAUUUCUUUCUUUCUUUUCUUUCUUUUUUCUUUCUUUCUUUCUUUCUUUCUUUCUUUCUUUCUUUCCCAAUCUGUUUCUAUCUAUCUAUCUAUCUAUCUAUCUAUCUAUCUAUCUAUCUAUUAACGAAAUACAGUUCAGCUUAUUUUUCAUUUUCUAUUCUAAAUUUGUUCUUUCUUUCUUUCUUUCUUUCUUUCUUUCUUUCUUUCUUUCUUUCUUUCUGUUUUCUCCUUUUUUUUUAUCUCUAUUUUGUCAUUCCCUCCAUUUUUCUUUCUUUCCUUCCUGCCAAUUUGUCAUCUUUUCUUUCUUUCUUUCUUUCUUUCUUUCUUUCUUUCUUUCUUUCUUUCUUUCUUUCUUUCUUAUUCAUCCUCUGCUUUCUUUGACCAGCUUUCAUUCUCCUUCUAUUACAAUUUUUCUUUCUUUCUUUCUUUCUUUCUUUCUUUCUUUCUUUCUUUCUUUCUUUCUCAUUAAUCUACUCCUUUCGUUUUCUCAUUCUAUUCUAAAUUCUUUGUUUCUUUCUACGUGUGUCGUAUUUUUUUUUCAUUUUUCAGUUUUCUUUUUCUUUCUUUCUUUCUUUUUUCUCUUUCAUCUAGUCUUUUUUUUUCAUCUUAUCUUUUCUUAUUCAUCCAUUUUUCUUUCUUUUUUUCCUGCCAAUUUGUCAUCUUUUCCUUUCUUUCGUUCUUUCCUUCGUUCUUUCUUUCUUUCUUUCUUUCUUUCUUUCUUUCUUUUUUAUUCUUUCUCCUUUCUUUUUUUUUAUUCAUUGUCUCCUUUCUUUCUUUUUUUUUUUUUUUUUCUUUGGAGGAUUUCAUUCUAUUCUAAACUAAUUUGUCUCAUUCUUUCUUUUUUCUUUCAUUCUUUGUUUCUUUCCUAUUCCUUGGUUCCUUUCUUCUUUCUUUUUGUAGGUAUGGGUUUAUCCUAUUCUGAUCUAAUUUGUUUCAUACUUUCUUUUAAUCUUUCUUUCUUUCUUUCUUUCUUUCUUUCUUUCUUUCUUUCUUUCUUAUUCAUUGUGUCCUUUCUCCUUUCUUUUGUGGAGGAUCUCAUUCUAUUCUAA